AUUUAGAAGAUGCGGAAUUUCUCGUAGGGUAAAGGUUCCUCUUUGCAAAUGUCAAAGGGUUGUGAAAAGGCAUUCCACGAAGCAAAACGCCGUAUGCUGUCGCAUAUAAAUCCGCUGAAAGUAAAAGCAUCGGUCGAGCAGACGACGGCUGAAUUGGCGCAUAACACCAACGCAACCGUUGGGGAAAAUGUACUUGAGGAUGAAACCACUCCGGCUGAGACCACCAGCACUACAACCUGCAACACGACAGGUGACUCCCGACCAGCGUUUUGCAAUGAACAUCCUGAUGAUGGUAUUUGUCCAAACGGAACGGUAGUAAGAGGAAAUGCCUUCAGCCGACACGAUAAUAUAAGGUGGUAUUUUUACAAUGCAACCCUUGGGUGCGUGCUUCAUCGAUGGAACGGUUGUGGAAGUCCCAAAAACCUAUUCCUAACUUGCCGUAACUGCACGGCAACAUGCUCUGAUAAGGAUCCUGAAGUAGAAUGUGAAGGAUUUGAUGAUAACCUUUGAUAUGACAUGGAAAUUUAUCUCGAAGGAAAUAUCCUUGGGAACGAUAUCUACUUUAGGCGUACUCAAAUAUCAAGUAUUUGGUGAAUAAAUGGAUCUAGACGAAGGAUGCAU